AUGAAGCUCAGGGUUCGGAAGCUGAGCAGCUUGAACGGAUUUGUAGUGGCUGGGAGAUACCAGUGGUUUCGCACAGGCGGGAUUACUGAUGACGUCGUGAAGGUAAUGAACGCAUUCUACCUGACAAACUGGCCGGAUAAGAUGACGAUUGACUCGAUUUGCACAUGUGACCUCAGACAGUCAAACAAGGGCGGCGUCAAAUUCAAUAUUUCUUUCAACGGCAGCAAGAGUGAAUACGACAGGACCAUCGAGAAGCUGCUUCAAUCGACACGGUGUCUGUACGAAACCCUCGCAAGUCAGUGGUUGGAGGAAAUGGAGCGAGCGUAUCCACAGAACAAGACUUACGAGCUGUACAGCUCCUUUGUUUUCGGAAAUGAUGACAAGGGCACCAUAGAGAAUGUUACUGACACCAUUCCACGGUUGAUGUUGAUGGCGAGUUUUCACAAAGAGUUUGACGGAGAACAGGUCAACUUCCUCGUCACAUGGAUUCACUCAGGAGGCAAAAGCAACGAAGAGGAAACCGACCGAUUCCGCCUUCUUCUGGCGGAAAGCAGUGUUCCACGCCUAUGUUACGAUCGAGUGGGUAGUCAAGUGGAUGGAGGUGGAUAUAAGGCGUUUCUUGGCCAGGGUGAAGAAGGAGCUUCGGCCGCUGUCGUUUAA